AAGCCUCGCUCGCUCGCUUGCUUCUUCGUUCUCCACCAAGAUCCGCACAGCGGUAUGAACAGGGUCAUUGCCCAGGAUAGUAGUAGUAGCAGUAGCAGUAACAGCAAAGCAGCGCAAACAAUGUCGACGAGCAAGGCCGCACCCGCGCUGGGCUCCGACGCCCUGCCGCCGGCACCGCCUACAAAGGACAACGGCGACCCUACCGUCGAUUUCGUAAUCGUCUUUCAGGCUGUGCCCAAAAAGUACCUUUCGCCCAAGGCCAAGCUGCCUCAGGACGAGGCGUCGAAGAUCGACAAGGAGUUCAACUUUCUCGUCAAGCGGCUCUCCGCCACGGGCCUCGCCGUGACGAGCCGCGAGGGCAAGCAGGGGACCGGCGAGGUGCUCGUCUUCGUCAAGGCGUCCAACGAUGUAUUGGUCAAGAUCGGCAGAGCAGAGAGCUUGGGCGACUACCUCCAUGGAGUCAAGACUGCAUUUGAGCCGUCGACAAGUAGCCUUUCGCGCACCUCGUCGCUUGGCUCGGGUGCCGCAAAAGCUCAAGCACAGACAUUCUCUUCUGCCGAAAGGGUGCGCCAUGUGUACGAGCUCAUCACGCGCUCACCGAAGGUGACGUCGGGCGUGCCUGGCGCCGGCGUUAUUGUUGGCUCCGACGAGUUUCCCCAUGUCGUCGACAUGACGCCGCUGCACGAUCCCCAGUACAACCAGGACUGGCUCAAGCGGUGGUCCAACACGUCUUCGAUGAUCAACAUCAGCGUCCGAGAACUCGACGCUGUCAGGUCGCACUUUGGCGAGCACAUCGCCCUCUACUUUGGCUUCCUCAACUUCUACUUCCAGUCGCUCUCUUCGAUUGCCGCCAUCGGCCUGGCCUUCUGGUUUGCCGGUGCGCCGUUCCAUCCCAUCUACUCGCUCCUCCUCGUCGCCUGGUCCUGCGUCUUUGUCGAGCUGUGGCGGAUGCGCGAGCGCAAGCUCGCCGUGCGGUGGGGCACCCUCGGCGUAGGCCAAGUCGACGAUCGCCGCAAGAGCUUCAAGCCUGUCUCUGUGCGACGAGACCCCGUCACGGGCGAGGACGAUGAGGUGUUUGAGUGGUGGAGGAGGGAGCUUCGCAUCGUCACGAGCGUGCCCGUCAUGCUCUUCUUUGCCGCCGUCCUGGGCGCGACAAUGACGACGAUGUUUGCCACCGAGGUCUUUGUCACCAAGCUCUAUGACGGGCCAGGCAAGUCGAUGGUUCCAAUGAUUCCCACGGCCCUCUUUGUCGUCUGCGUUCCUCAGAUCAUGGCCGCUUGGCAGGCAACUGCGUCUGCCCUCACCAGCUGGGAGAACCACUACAGCGAGCGGACGCACGAAUCGUCGCUGACGCUCAAGAUGUUUGCCCUCCAGGCUGUGACGGCCUACGGCGCCCUGACGCUGUCUGCCUUUGUCUACAUUCCCUUUGGCCAGUCGAUCAUGGACUACAUUGUCAGCCGCGGCUUCUUUUCCCAGAGCAUCGCCGAGGCUGCCAAGCGCGGCGACAUUGAGCUCCGCAGCGACGGCGGCGUCCACUUUGACAUCAACCCGAGCCGCAUGCACGCCCAGCUGUUUGCUGUCCUGACGACGAGCCAGGUCAUCAAUGCCUUUACCGAGGUGGGCCUGCCCUUCAUCCUGCGCAAGGUCAACGAGUUCCGCGAGUCCAGGUCGUCUCCCAAGAAGAAGAGUGCGAAUGAAAAGGCAAAGGGCGGGGACUCGACAGAGGACAAGUUCCUCGACCGGGUCCAGGACGAGCUGGAGCUGCCGCCGUACGACACGUUUGGCGACUAUGCCGAGAUGGCGACGCAGUUUGGCUACAUUGUCCUCUGGUCCGUCAUCUGGCCCCUCGCGCCCGUCAUGGGCUUCAUCAACAACUUCUUUGAGCUGCGCUCCGACGCGCUCAAGAUCAGCAUCAAUGCACGCCGGCCGGUGCCCGUCCGCGCCGAGAGCAUUGGCCCCUGGCUCGAGGUGCUGGGUUUCAUUGCCUGGCUGGCCGCCAUGUCCAACUCGGCCCUCGUUUUUCUCUUCCAGCCCUCGGGCGCGCCGGGCGCAUCGCCAUACGAGACGACGAUGCGCACCCAUCUGCACCCGUCGCCCGCCCAGUUCCGCAACGGCACCACCACGCCCGGCAAGCUCGUCGACAGCAUCGUCUACCCACACGACCCUGCGCACACGCCCCGCUCCCCGCUCAGCUUCUCCAACUUCCUGCCCUCGUUCCUGCCCACAUCGGGCACCUCGGGCGCCCUCAUUGCUGCCCUUCUCGUGGCACUGGCCUCGGAGCACACCUAUGGCGUCGCCCGCGCCUUUGUCCGACACGUGCUCGAGCGUGCCCUGUGGCGCGGCAGCGAGGAGGAGACGACGCUCCGCCGUCGCGAGUGGGAAUCGCGCAGGGACACUCUUGCCCGCGUCGGCCAUGGGGCCCUGCCUGAGGGAGCUUCUUCGUUGGCCUCGGGUGACGCCGAGGGCUUCUACGCGACCCAGUCCAACGUCGUCCAGGCCGUGCAGAACAGCGCCUCGUCCAAGUCCGAGUGAGGUGUCGUCAAGCCAAGCCAAGCCCACGGACUCCUCCUGUUUGCUCUCUCCUCUUUUACUCGUUCCUCUUCUGCAAUGCAAAUGACUUUCCGAAUUUCUUCCGCAAUGGCCUGGUGCAGCGCCCUGGUCGCGCACGUGACUCGCACGCUGGGCUCGCCAUCGUUCCUGCUUGUUGCUUCGACGGCAGCAGCACGGGCAUGCUUUCAGUCUCUGUUGCUCUGAGACGGGCGGCCUCGGACCGAAGAGAGCUGCAGCAAAUGUAUCGAAACCUUGAAGCUCCAUUCUAACACGAGAGAAUGAGCACAUCGAACAUCGGCGAACCGUUGCUUCAGAGCUUCGCUCUAAAUUUAAACUUUUGUGACGA